AUGAAGCCCGCCGUUGGUGCGGCAAAGAAGUCCAAGUUAGCCUCAAACGCGGACGAGAUGAUGAACCUCAUCAUGAAGCGGUGUAUGGCUUACAUACGCAGCCAAAUGAAGGAAAUACCAGAACAAGUAGCCGAGAGAUUGUUAGAGAAGUUGAACGAAAAUGGUGUGAUGUACAAGCCAGCGGCUGCUGCGGCUUCCGGCAACAACGAUGCCGACCUAGAAGUGGAUUCCUUUGAGAAUGAGCCCGUGAUUGAUUUGACACAGCCUGACGAGCCUGUUGUAAACCAGAACAACGAUGAUGAGGAAAAAACACCUGCCAAGUUAAAUGUUGACAAGACAACGAAGCCUACUGAUGAGUGCGGCGCAACACCGGAGAACCCUUGGAUUGUAGGUAAUUCUCCUCGAGCAGAAUCGUCCGACAUUGACAUUUCUGCAAGUUCUAUCGACAGGAUGGUGGGUAAGAGCAAGGGGAAAAAGUCUGCAGCAACCGCAAAAGAAGACGAUGUUAUAUCCGGGAAGUGCCGACGGACUGUUCCCAAGAAAUUUGAAUCCCCCUUUAAACUUGACAAGCCCGGCAAGCGAAGCGCUCGUGGUACUAAGCCAUCCGGCAACACUACCGCAACUAGAGCUCUGUUUAGUGACAAUGACAUGGAAGGCUCUGUUAAGGACAAUUUGACACCGGAACUCAUCGAUGCUGCUGUUGCGUUUGUGGAGGCAGCUGCUCGGUCUGAGAAGAAUAUGACAAAAAGAGUUUACUAUAAUGAACGUGGCACCUCUGUGACUGUGGAGAGUAUACGACCGAUUAUCGAUGCUUAUCAGACACAUUUGGCUCUGCGCGUUGGUCAUGAUCGGCACCUCUGUCCAGCCUGGAGGUCCAAAUACCUUGUUGAUCGUGCUAAGGCACGAGACAACCCUAAACCGUUGAAAUACAACAUGGAUAGUGCGCUGAGCAGAGCUGGAGCAGUACGUAGGGUUCUGGACGAGUAUACCGUCCGUGAUAAGUCGUUUACCCCGUUGAACGUCGGCAAUACACACUGGAUCACCGUGGUGAUGCACAACCUCCAGAAAGAAUUCCGAGUUUUUGAUUCGCUCUAUCCUAUCGAGUUCUCUCUCGACACUGUGAAAGCACUGGGCACCAUUAAUGCAAGGAGAAGGCGUCUCGUCGCCGAGUUGGUUCUCUCGCCUACCAACACGCUUGAAUGUGUGAAGAACAAAAUCCGCGACACCGCAAAGAAAAGCAAGGCGUGA